GAUAAAAUAGUAAUGGAAAAUUCAGGCAGCCCUUUUAUUUACAGUCACUGACCACUGGCCCAUGCAAAUUGCAAUCCUAAUUUCCUUUUCUUUCUGCUUUGGAAUUUGGAUUGGAUGCCUAUGAAAUCUAGAUUUGCAUGAGGUUUCUAUCACUUUUUUGUUUCUUUGUUUUUUGUCAGUUAUAUGACUGAUGACCCCACUUGAUUCCAACGAGCGGUUCACAUUCAAUCUCCCCAAUCAAAUCUGAACACUGACAGCAAGAUUAUUGCAUCUAAUCUCACACUGAAAUACUGGGAAGUGAGGUGAACUUAAACUAAUCAAAGCUCCAAAAUCCAGACCAGAAAAGAAGCAGACAAAAACUUGAAGUAAGCAAACACCAAGAUCGAGGAAAAAGAAAGAAUCAAAGCAUCGUAGAUAGAAGAAGUAGAGAGGAGGAAGACCAGAAUCAAUGGGUUUCACCAUGGGAUUGAACUUCCUCCUUCUCAUAGCCAUGGUGGCUACUAACAUCCUCUCCCUUUACCACCUCUCUUCCACUGUCCUAUCUCCCAAACCUCCUCUGCCUGUUCCUAUACCUGAUCACCUCCUACGCCAGCUGAAUACUAUACGCGCCACCAUCAACCAUCUCACGCGCCACAACCCCUCCACUGCCAGCGCGGCAGCCAAUCCUAGCCGCACUGUACCUCAAGAUCUCAUCCUCCACUCACAAAUCGGCCCCAUUGCUUCUUCCUGCCACAACCACCCUGACCUUCUCCAUAGGUACAUGAAUUACUCUCCUUUUUCAGUCUGCCCUUAUGACCCUGACCUCCAAGAAACCCUUAUUCUCAACGGUUGCCACCCACUUCCACGUCGGCGUUGCUUCUCGAAAACCUCAUCAAAACCCCCUUCCUCUCUUCCUCUAAACCCUUUCCCAAUUUCCUUCCCUGACUCCUCCGUAAUCUGGAACAAAUACUCGUGUAAAUCUUUUGCCUGUCUUUCACAAAACAACCCCAUAGGCUUCGAUCUCAACGCUCAACGCUCUUCUCUGCUAAAAUACUCUUCUGAACUCGAUCUACCCGUUAACCAGUUCAUGCAAUUGGCUAAGUCAGCUAACUCGGUGAUCCGUCUUGGCAUUGACAUAGCCGGCGGAACUGGAACCUUCGCUGCAAUAAUGAAAAAAUUGUACAAUGUUACGAUAUUGACCACCACCUUGAACGUCAAUGCACCUUACAAUGAAGCCGUGGCUUUAAGAGGGUUGGUGCCUUUACACGUGCCGUUGCAGCAAAGGUUGCCUGUUUUCGAGGGGACGAUGGAUCUGGUCCGGUGUGGUAGGGCGGUGAACAGGUGGAUACCAGUGACGGUGAUGGAGUUUAUGUUUUAUGAUGUGGAUAGAGUGUUGAGAGGAGGAGGGUAUUUGUGGAUGGAUCGGUUCUUUAGUAAAGGAGCGGAUCUGGAGAAAGUUUACGGGCCAUUGAUUGGGAAGCUUGGCUAUAAGAUAGUGAAAUGGGCAGUUGCCAAUAAGACGGAUCCAAGUGGCUUGAAGAAUGGGGAAGUUUACUUGACAGCCUUGUUGCAAAAGCCUGUUUCAAAGUGAUGAUGCCAAAUGGGGAUUCAUUGAAAUUUUUAGAUCACAAUUGCUUUGAUGCCGGAAACAUGCCAUCAUCUGUCCAAAGAUCAACAUCCGCGCUCAGACAAGCUGGAAGAAAACCUUUGCUUGAGUAACAAAAACAACUUAUGUAUUCGCUCCAAUGUUGAUGAGGAUUUCAGCAGCUUCUUGAUGUUGUAAAGAUUGUAGAUGUCCGAAAAAUUUUAUAGAGAGGAGCAGAGAGGGUAUUGUACAAUCACAAGGUUCUGCCGACAGUGACGUGAUUUGUUGGUAGAUUGAAUGUUAGAUUUUUAGUUUUAGUGAUCAUGGAUCAAACAUUUUGUUGCUGUCUACAAAUAAAUCUGUAGAACAAAUCUCAAAUAUUGAAGUAAUACCAUUUUCUUUUGGUUUGGU